AUGAAGCUAGCAAAAGAAAUUAAUGAAGAGCAUGCCAAGAUAUCUGACGCCCACCUGCCAGCAGUGGACGAGAUGUUCCCAGAGGGCACCAGGCCCUAUGUGGACCUGGACAAGGCAGGAGGCAGCACCAGGUUCCUGAUGGAUUUGACAGCCAAUGAAAAGGCAGUUCAUGCCGACUUUUGUAAUGAUUUUGAUGACGAUGACAUCGAGUGACAUGUGUCCGGCUGUGCAUC